AUGGCGCGAAAAGUAUCUCAAGUAGCUGGGAUUCUAGACAUCCAUAUCAUUCAGGCGGAAGGACUGCGUGAACUAUGCGACUACGGACCCCAGGACGUGUACGCGCGGGUGCUCUGCGGCGAGCGCGACGACAUCGGACGAGUGGCUCUGACCACGAAAACCAUCAAGUCAGGCGGAAAUAACCCGAUAUUCAACCAACGACUCCAGGUGGGCGUGCCUGAGCGCGAGACGGAAGUGAAGUGCGAGAUAUGGAUGGCGAGCCACCACCGCGGUACAACAGACGAUCAGCUGCUCGGAUUUAUCCAGAUUCCGAUCAGAGACAUCAUGGAAAGAGGCAAAGCCGGCGAACAGGAGUUUUACCUGCGAGCUUUUGACGAAGUUGGUAACCUGUUCGCCAGUUCCGCGAAAGUUCGCAUCUCCCUCUCGUACCACCCGCGACCGGGCAGCGCAACUCCCACCGGUGGAAACACCCCCGCUUCUAAGGCACGCGGAACGCCAUCCAGCGCCAAGGGGAACAUUCUCGGGCGCGCGCUUACCGCAGCAUUCUCCCGCAUCUCCGCGGAGAGGGCUGCGGAGAAGGGAGCGGAAAAGGGCGGGGGCGGCGGUGGAAACUCGGCCUCACCCGCGGGAACCCCCAUCCGUGCGCAGUCGUUCUCCCGCGUCCACCCGGAGACCUUCAGCAGCGCCGACGGAGUGGGAGGGGGAGCAAUAGGGGGAGGAGGGCUACCUGGGGUAACUCCUUCCGGAACGCCCGCGCGCAUCGGCGGAGGCGAAGGGGAGGGGCUUUUGGCAGGGGGGCCAACACCGCAAGGUACUCCAGGGGUUCUCAACAAUGCUGGAGCUACUCCGAUGGCUACACCUAGGAAAACACCUGAAAACAUACCAGGGAUCACACCUGGAAAUACACCUGGCCGGGCGUUGGCGAGCUUACGACUAGCGAAUUUGACGUUCACGCCUGGAAUUCAAACGCGAGAAGCCAUGUCGUCGCACGGGCCUAGUACGCUGCAGCGGUCGCGCCCCAUGUCGCCACGGUCGCCGGCGUCGCCCAGGUCGCCCAUGUCGGAGGUGCGCGACGGUCUGCGACACGGGCUGGACCUCGUGCAGGCGCUGCGCGAGGUCACCGAAGGAGGGGCGAAAUUCGCGAACGCGAGUAACAAGAAGCAAAAGUCAAAAUCCGGGCCGCUGAGCGUAAACCAUCCACACAUGAUGGAGGUGGUGGAUCUGCAGCGCAAGCACAAGUACAAAGCAAAAUCCGGUCCGUUGUCCGAUAACGGGGAUGGCUAUGACGCGGAUGGGGGAGGCUCCGGAACCUGCAGCCCGUACAGCUCCCGCCGCCCCGCGUCCUCCUCCCCCCCGAGGCACGUCCGCAAGAUGAUCCUCCCCCACCGCUCCGCCACUCCGCCCAUGUCUUUCCGCGAGGCCCCGCAACCGCCGCAUUCCGGAGGGGGGUUCAUUCUCGGUAGAAGCGCCCCGUUAAACCCAGAAGCUCUUGAUCUUUGGGAAGGGGGAGAGCCGCCUCCAGGGGUAUUUACCUCGCGAUCUGGGCCGCUACGGCUGCAGGGUAAUUACUCGGGAUAUAAACCGACGUCGGGGCCUCUACCCACCACGACAUCUUUAAUGAAGCUCGAUUCGUUAGACACUCCGCCGACUCUUCCCCCGCCCCCGUCUCUUCGCGCAAUGCGGCGGGGAGGAGGCGUGGCAGGGAGCGGGCUGUUUUCGCACUCGAUUGUUAGCGGGAGUGCUUACAGCGGGGCUGCGUUAAGCGGGGGGACGUUUAGCGCGGGAGCGGGGAGCAUGCAGGAGACGAACAGCUCGAGCGGCUGCCAUGUGGGAUCCACGGGGGAUGACGUGUCAUCUGGUAUGGCAGGCUCGGGCAUGACAGGCUCGGCAAUGACAGGCUCGGGCAUGACAGGUUCGGGAAGGAUGCUUCGGCGACAGGGUUCUGGCGGCCGGCAAGGGCCGGGCGUGCAACAAGGGUUUGGCGGACGAACAGGGGGAGGCGGAGGCAUGGGGGGGUUUACAGGCGGGAGCGUUGGCACGUGGGGGAGCGGAGGGACGGGGGGAAGCGGAGGCAUGGGGGGAAGUGAAGAGACGGGGAGCGGAGGUAUGGGGGCAUCUGGAGGGGCCGUGGCGGGCGGGUUUGGCAGCUUCGGCGGCGGGUUUGGGCCGACCGGAUUUGGCAGCUUCUCCAGCCUGGCAUCUCAAGGGUCUGUGAAGGCCCCGCUACAGUCACAAGGCAGCUUCAGCGGCGUUAACAGCGCGAGUGCUAACGGUGCAGCUACCUCCCCCGGCCGGGGAAUGCCCACGAGCCUUCAGCGUGGCGGAAGUGGGGGGAGCGUGCAGGACGAAGGGGGUGGGGGAGCGGAAGAAGCUGGAGCGGAGGCAUUGGGACUGGCAGGAGGGUAUGCGGGAGGGGAGGCGGUGGGAGGGGAAGGAUUCUUUGUGGAGAAUGACCUGGCAGGAGGAAAGGAUGACGUGGCCCUGUUUCUGCCAGAGGGGCGAACCUUCGAGGAAAUGCUGAUGGAGGAGAAAGACACGGGGCAUGGAAAUGCUGCUGCCACUGUCGGAGACGAGGGUUUCGAGACGAGCCACAUGCUUAUGGACGCGGCAGGCGCAUUGGAUGUGUUCCCCUUGCCAAUGCCUGAGGGGUUUGACACGAUGGGGUGGGAUGAAAUGGAGGUGUCAGAAAAUGGGGGUGUGGCGGAAGGGAAUGGGGCGUGGGGAAGAGAGUCUGUGCCCGUGGGCGGAGGUGGGAUUGAAGGAGUGGGGGAUGGAAGUAGCGUCAUGGUGCUGUUCCGCAUCCGCUAG